UUUGAUGUAUCGAUAUUUCUCCUAUCGAGUAUAAAUGUUGCAGAAAAACGGAGUGUCAUAAAUUUAGAUUAAAUAUUUAGCUACAUUUCGCGGGGUGUUUAGUUAAGUCGUGCGGAAUUAAACAACUACUAAUUGUGUAGAGUAGACCAUAACAAAUGGCCACUAUAGAUGGAAGACCGGCGCAGUAUGGUAUAUCACUUAAACAACUGCGCGAGCUCAUGGAGCAUCGUGGUCGUGAAGGUGUUAUGAAGAUUGCCGAAUUUGGUGGUAUUCAUGAAUUAUGUAAAAAGUUAUACACAUCUCCCAAUGAAGGAAAGUUUUUUCCAUUUAAUAUAUUUAUACAAUUGUAUAACGUAUAUGUUGUGACUUUAGGUCUAAGUGGCUCGAAAGCUGACGAGGAGCACAGGCGGGAAACAUUCGGAUCAAAUGUAAUACCACCGAAGCCACCGAAAACCUUUUUGACACUAGUCUGGGAGGCUCUUCAAGAUGUAACCCUUAUUAUUUUAGAGGUAGCUGCAUUAGUAUCGCUCGGUCUAUCAUUUUAUAAACCCGCCGACGAGGACGCGCCUGUGCUACAGGAGGAGGAGGAACACCAUGGUUGGAUUGAAGGAUUGGCCAUACUGAUUUCUGUUAUUGUAGUAGUUAUAGUGACAGCUUUUAACGAUUACUCAAAGGAAAGACAAUUCCGAGGUCUGCAGAAUCGUAUUGAGGGCGAGCACAAGUUUUCAGUUAUCCGUGGUGGGGAAGUGUGCCAAAUUUCUGUUGGAGAUAUUCUUGUUGGCGAUAUUGCCCAGGUUAAAUAUGGAGACUUAUUGCCAGCAGAUGGUUGUCUUAUUCAAAGCAACGAUUUAAAGGUGGACGAAUCUUCAUUAACUGGCGAAUCUGAUCAUGUCAAAAAGGGAGCGGACGUUGAUCCCAUGGUUCUAUCCGGAACCCAUGUUAUGGAAGGCAGCGGUAAAAUGGUUGUUACCGCCGUUGGGGUUAACUCUCAAGCCGGUAUCAUUUUUACGCUCCUUGGUGCGGCAGUUGAUGAGCAGGAAGCUGAAAUUAAAAAGAUGAAAAAGGAAGCCAAAAGGGCCAACAAACAAAAAAGUUUGACAGGUGAAAGCGACGGUCGAACGCAAAAGGGGACGCAAGCGCCAACUCCACGUCAAACAGUUUCAAGCGAAGGGACCAAGUCUGAAUCUGAGGGAAAUCAUGUGCCGCAAUCUUCGUCGACUUCCGCAGCUCCCGAGACAGGACAUAAAAAAGAAAAAUCUGUGCUGCAGGCAAAGUUGACUAAAUUGGCUAUACAGAUUGGUUAUGCUGGAUCGACCAUUGCCGUACUCACAGUUAUAAUUCUAAUAAUUCAGUUUUGUAUUAAAACUUUUGUUAUUGAUGACAAGCCCUGGAAGAACACUUAUGCCAAUAACUUGGUGAAACACUUAAUAAUUGGUGUCACAGUAUUAGUAGUGGCGGUACCAGAGGGACUUCCUCUGGCUGUAACCUUAUCUCUAGCGUAUUCUGUCAAGAAAAUGAUGAAGGACAAUAAUUUGGUUCGACAUUUGGAUGCGUGUGAAACAAUGGGUAAUGCCACUGCCAUUUGCUCUGAUAAGACUGGAACUCUUACAACCAAUCGUAUGACUGUUGUACAAUCCUACAUCUGUGAGAAAUUGUGCAAAGUUUUGCCAACCCUUAGUGAUAUACCGCAACAUGUGGGCAAUUUGAUUACAAUGGGAAUAUCUGUUAACUCGGCGUACACUUCAAAUAUAAUGGGUGGACACAACCCGGGCGAUUUACCAAUCCAAGUUGGAAACAAAACCGAGUGUGCUCUUUUGGGCUUUGUUCAGGGGUUAGGUGUCAAGUACCAAUCUAUUCGAGAUGAAAUUACAGAGGACAAAUUUACCCGCGUGUAUACUUUUAAUUCCGUUCGCAAGAGUAUGGGCACUGUAAUACCCCGUCCUAAUGGAGGAUAUCGUUUAUAUACUAAAGGAGCUUCUGAAAUUAUUAUGAAAAAGUGUGCUUUUAUCUAUGGUCAUGAAGGAGCCUUGGAAAAAUUCACAAGAGAUAUGCAAGAGCGUUUAAUUCGUGAAGUUAUUGAACCAAUGGCUUGUGAUGGUCUGCGCACCAUAUCUGUUGCAUAUCGUGACUUUGUGCCUGGCAAAGCUGCCAUUAAUGAAGUACAUAUUGAUGGUGAACCUAACUGGGAUGACGAGGAAAACAUUAUGACGAAUCUUACUUGCCUGUGUGUGGUUGGUAUAGAAGAUCCAGUUCGUCCCGAAGUACCAGACGCCAUUCGUAAAUGUCAACGCGCAGGUAUAACCGUUCGAAUGGUUACUGGAGACAACAUUAAUACAGCACGUUCAAUUGCAAGCAAGUGCGGUAUUUUGCGUCCAAAUGACGACUUUCUUAUUCUAGAAGGAAAAGAAUUUAAUAGGCGUAUUCGGGAUAGCAACGGAGAUAUUCAACAACAUCUUAUUGAUAAAGUAUGGCCAAAAUUACGGGUUCUGGCUCGUUCUUCUCCGACUGACAAGUAUACUUUGGUUAAAGGUAUAAUUGACAGCACUGUUAGUGAAAAUCGUGAAGUUGUUGCUGUAACUGGCGACGGAACAAAUGAUGGCCCAGCGCUAAAAAAAGCAGAUGUGGGCUUUGCAAUGGGAAUUGCCGGAACAGACGUUGCCAAGGAAGCUUCUGAUAUUAUAUUAACUGAUGAUAAUUUCAGCAGCAUUGUUAAAGCUGUAAUGUGGGGACGAAAUGUAUAUGACUCCAUAGCGAAGUUUUUACAGUUUCAGUUAACGGUUAAUGUAGUCGCUGUAAUUGUAGCAUUUAUUGGUGCGUGUGCCGUGCAAGAUUCUCCUCUUAAAGCAGUCCAGAUGUUGUGGGUGAAUCUAAUAAUGGAUACAUUGGCAUCACUUGCAUUAGCAACAGAGUUUCCAACACCAGAUCUAUUGCUCCGUAAACCCUAUGGCCGCACAAAACCUUUAAUUUCUCGCACAAUGAUGAAGAACAUAUUGGGUCAAGCGCUUUAUCAGUUGGUAAUAAUAUUUGGAUUACUUUUUGUCGGCGAUUUAAUACUUGAUAUUGAAUCCGGACGCGGACAAGAACUCAACGCUGGCCCAACACAGCACUUUACAAUUAUCUUUAAUACAUUUGUCAUGAUGACAUUGUUUAAUGAAAUAAAUGCUAGAAAAAUCCAUGGGCAGCGCAACGUUAUCGAAGGACUUCUUACAAAUCCCAUAUUUUACACCAUAUGGAUAUUUACUAUGAUAUCGCAGGUGUUAAUCAUUCAAUAUGGAAAAAUGGCUUUCUCGACCAGGGCUCUGUCUCUAGACCAAUGGCUCUGGUGUAUCUUUUUUGGAAUUGGUACACUUGUCUGGGGUCAAUUGAUUACCUCAGUGCCUACAAGAAAAUUACCUAAGAUAUUAUCAUGGGGUCGCGGCCAUCCUGAGGAGUACACAGAUGCCAUGAACUUGGGCGAAGAACGUUUUGAUUCAAUCGAUUCUGAUAAGAAACCGAGAGCUGGACAAAUUCUCUGGAUUCGUGGACUUACUCGCUUGCAAACUCAAUUGCGUGUGAUUCGUGCUUUCCGCUCGACAUUGGAAGACCUAAACGAACGUCGAUCGAUGCACAGCUUACAUAGCUUACGCAGUCCUCGGACGAGUUUCCCAGUUCAAUUGGGAAGUGGCCACCCAUUGUACAAUUUUAAUCUGCUGAGCCCCAAUUACGUCAAGCACCAACAACAACAGCAACCAAAGCCACCAGCGAAGCCUCAACAGAACGUGUCAAGUGCCAUGCUGCCGGUGGACAUAUCUUACAUUGACGAAGACCCGCACCAGCAUCAGCGUAUUUUGCACAACGGAAUAGCUUCCCAACACCCAUCAAUAUCCACAAACAUAUCUGUCCCUGCCUCAAGCCAAAGCUUUUCAGAAAUUGCACAAACCUUGCAACAACAAAUCCGUUUUAAUAACACUGAAACUAAGCAUUCCAAUGGACAAAAUGAGACUCGAAUUUAAAUGGUUUCAGUUAAAAAAAAUGCGUCCCAAUUAAAUUUGAUUUUGUAUCGAAUUUGAAAAAACAAAUCAUGGUGAGGCUCAACAAGAAUUCCGAAAUCCAAAUGAGACUGACCAUGAUUUUCUAAGCGUAAUCCUAUUUGUAAGACUUAACCCAAGCAGGUUAAUGUAAUACGUAAAUGAUCGCUCUUAUUUCAGUAUAUAAUGUUAAAAAAACACUGACAUUUUCGAUUCAACUGUAAACUCUUAAGGGAACCUCAAUGACAAAAGUGAAUUUAUUUAUCUUAUUUAUAAAUAUGUGCAUGAAAUUACAUAAAGCCAGAGAUAUAACACUUAAUUUCAUUUUUAAACUAGCCUGUUAUACCCAACCAGAUAAGUACACGCAAUGCUCAAAAUCUAAAGGUUCCCUGAGUUACCCUGAAAUUUAUAUUCUCUAACAAUAAUACCUACCCAUGUAAAUGUAAGCAUGCAUUUUAUAAAAUAACUUCGUAUUUUUGAAAAAAAGUAAUGUAUUAUUUUAGUAAUGUUAUUACUAACAAAAAAUGAGAUUUUAUGUCUACUUUUACUGUGUGGUGCGUUAAUAUUUAUUAACUUUAUGCAAACAUGGAGCUGUGUUUGUGAACAUUUUUCUGUUUAUCAAUUUAGCUGUGUAUCUAUUGCAGUAUAUUGUUUGGCCGCUGUUACAUUACAACGACCUUAAAGGGCAAAAGAAUUGUAGACGUAAAGGAUUUUUAUGUAUUCAAAUAUAUAAAUAUGUUGGUAUCAAUCAAACUUGGUAAAAAUAGAGUUUACAGUUCAACACAUGAAAAUGAUUAAAGAUAUAGGAAGUCGUAUUGAUAUAUUAUUUAAGCGCAAGUUAAAUAUCGUACAUGUGCAUAUAUCUAAGGUGGGGUGUCAAUAUAUUUUGUGCUAUGUUACUAAAAACCUUUUAGCUUCUCAUCAUUGCUCUUAACUAAUAAAACAGCCGUAUAUUUUUUCUUACCAACAA